AUGAACAUAUCACAACGGAAGCUGAUCUAUUUAAAUGUUAUAGAAUCUUCAAUUCUUUACGGAUCGGUUGUCUGGACGAAUUGGAUGCACUGCAGAGCGUUAAAGAAGAUACAAACAAUACAAAGACUUCUUCUCCUAACAGUGACUGGAGCAUACUGCACAACCUCCCACGCCGCAAUCCAUGUUAUCGCUGGAAUCCCUCCAAUAGACCUUACGAUCAAGUCAAAAGCUCUAAUGUCAAAAAUUUCCCUCACAAGCAAAUCGAUUCAAAUUCCUGGCCACAAUUUCUGCAGUAGCGACUUAGAAGAAACUGCCAAGAAGUGGGAUAGCCAUCCAAGCAUCCAGUGUACUCUUCCUAAGAUAAGCUUAAAGGGAAAAACUCCCUCACUGCAGAAUUUGGAGAUAUACACGGAUGGCUCCAAAACAAAGUGUGGAGUAGGAGCAGGCUAUGCUGUGCUACGGGAUGGGAUCCGCAUCCAAAACUGGUCCGCAAGACUCAAUCCUUCAAACUCAGUAUUCCAGGCAGAGCUUACGGCUAUUUUUCAAGGCUUGUUGUAUCUGCAAAUAAAUCGCGCUUCUUCUGCCGCAGAUCUGUACUCUGAUAGUCUCUCCUCCUUGGAAGCACUGCUGAAUCCCAUACAUCGAAAUCCCCUAGUAAGAAAAAUUCAAAAAAUACUCGAAGGCCAGAAUGAUAUCUCAUUAAGUUGGAUUAAGGGUCACGCAGGACAGGUGGGGAAUGAAGCGGCAGACUUCUUAGCCAAGCAAGCAGCAAACGACCCAUCUACUCCCCUUAUUCUAAACAUGCCAGUGCCAAAAUCCUUCAUAAAACAAAAAUUACAAGAACAUCUAAAAGAUAGUUGGAACACACGUUGGCAAAGUGAAACAACAGGCAGAAGGGUACACUCCAUCUUCCCAAACCCUUCUUUAAAAACCAGCAUCAAGAACAGAUCUGACACCCUCUUUGUUACUGGGCAUGGGCCCUUUCCAGCAUACCUCUCUCGAUUCAAAAUAAUUCCAUCUCCCAACUGUGCAUGUGGACUCAUAGGUACUCCAGAUCAUUAUCUUUACUCCUGCCCUCUCACAUCUCAAUUUCACCUAAAGAUGAACAAUAGUAUCACAAUACCCGACAAUAUUCGUCAAGCUCUUUCGCACCCAUCUGGUUCAAAUUCCAUGCAUAAUUUAAUUAGCGAACUGACCAUCCGCAACUACGAGUUCCAAGAAGUUAGCUGA